AUGGAGCAGUUCAUCUGGGAGUCAGCCCGCAGCACGUCUGCAGCGCCUUCAUACUUUCAUCCGUACAAUCAGUUCCUUGAUGGAGGCUUGAUGUCCAACAACCCUACCCUUGACAUUCUCACGGAAAUUCACGAAUUUAAGAAAGAACAAACGGUUACAAUAUCGGACGGGCAACCGACGGAUCGUGCAAGUGCUUGGUGCGAGAUGAUGAAUGUACCGUUCUUCCGGUUGUCACCGCUCCUGACAGAGGAAGUUCCCCUGGACUGUGUCGAUAAACAAAAGCUCGAGCAGAUGAUUCAGGAAACAAAAUCCUAUAUCGGGGAACAAAUGGAUAGCAUAACGAAGAUCGCGCAGUAUUUGAAAAGAGCCUGAAGAAUACCACUCAACGUGUCUCACCAGCUUGCGGUCAGGCUUUCAAGAAUUGUGCAAGACUGCGACUGCUUUGCUAACAAAGAGGAUGAACUUUUGUAUAAUAUGUUACAUGUAAUUCGUUUACUUUUUUUAUCUUUAUACGCAUACAUGUGUUCGUUGGCAUUCAUUUUUUCUUGUUUAGAAAACCUACUUAACAUUUUUAAAAUGCGUUUUGUUUUUCAAGUGUAUUUUUAUUUUAUUUUAGUGUGUUUGCAUUGA